AUGACUUCGUCUUCGACCAAUUUUAAAUCCAUGGGAGAAGACAAAGACCAAGUUAAAAAAUCAGAUUCUAAGUUUUCUUCUCUCUUAAGGACUUGGAGAGGACAAAGCGAAGGUGAAUAUUCGACCAUACCUUCCUUCCUCUACCGCGAAGAGCUCUGUUUCUCACAUUCCGGCAAGCUGGUGAUAGCUUAUAUUCUGAAGACAUGGGAAUCGGAAUCAAAAGAGCAUAUGCACGCAGAUACUGGUUACUUCCGACCAAAACCAGACGGUUCCAUUGAAGCUGUCAUAGCUUAG